CGGAUGAAUAAAGCCUGUAUUGGCAUGGCGGAACUCAACUUGCGUGCAUCUGCUGUUAAGGCAAUAAAACGCAUACAUGCCCGUGUGAGAGAUGGUGGCGAUGAUGGUCGCGAUGUAUUCCAACUGCAACAGGAGCUGAAGUCGAUCUAGAGACAUUUUGGGAGAUUCGUUGAUAACCAUAAUCAUCUUGUUGGAGAAGCGACACCCUCAGAAAUGGUUACGCAUGAUUCGCUAUGGGAAACUGUGGAGGAGCUUUACGGUGAGGCAUGUAGCACACUCCACCGCCUUAUUGCGACGUCAACGGUAGAUUCCAAUGCCAGUGAGGGUGCGCGCAACGUGCCUACUACGACUUUGGAUGGCUGUUCGGUAGAUCUUAAACUUGAUCCGUUGGCUAUUCCCCCAUUCGACGGGGAUAUGUGUAAAUGGUUGGCGUUCAAAGAUGCGUUUGAAACGCUUGCCCAUAACUCGGCGUACCCGGAAGCAUUCAAGUUGGGUAAACUUCGCCAAGCAGUUAACGCGUCCACAGUGCCAUUAAUUGGAGGGAUAUAUUCGGGUGGCUAUCAAGAAGUAUGGAAGGCUCUUAAAGAGCGUUACGACAACAAGAAACAUCUGGCAGAAAUACACGUGUCGCGUUUUCUCAACUUAAAGGUAGCCACCCAGGAGUCAUCGCAAGCAUUGUUGGCCGUUGUUGACACUGUGCAUGAGUCGCUGCGAGCAUUGCGGGUCAUGGAGAUCCCUGUAGAUCAAUGGGAUGCAUUAGCUGUGCCUAUUGUUGUGUCCAAGCUUCCGCCUGUAACCAAGCGCGACUGGUGUAUGAAGUGUACCACCACCGAUAUUCCACGGCUGGAUGAUUUGCUGAAGUUUUUGGAAAGGCGUGCUCAUAGUCUAUCGCCUGAACCAUCGGCCGUUCUAGUGGCGCCUCGGCAGCAACGAUCGGUGAAGUCGCAUGUGGUUAGCGCUGAGCGGGCGCAGUGUGCGCACUGUGGUGCUACGCAUCGAAUUGCUAAGUGUCCAGCGCUGUCAGCUAUGAAUAUUGAACAACGUUAUGAAGCAGUUAAGAGUUUGAGGUUGUGUUAUAACUGCCUACGUGCUGGCCAUUCGUCCAGACAGUGCCCAUCGGGAAGUUGCCGGAAUUGUGGCCGUAAGCACAAUACUAUCUUAUGCCGCGAGAGGUUCACCAACAUAGCUUCGCCUGAAUCCACGUCUACGUCACCCGUAUCAAAUACUGCACCUGGUAAGGUCCAAACAACUUCAGCUGCAUGACUAGCAGCACCUGCGAGAGCCCACGCGGCCAGAUAUCAGCCGAUCACCCUCCUAGCAACAGCGCGUGCAUAUGCCUUUGGAGAAGCAUCGGUUCAGCGUGUGGCUCGUAUCUUAUGCGAUCCUGGAUCGCAGGUUAGCUUCGUGACGGAUCGCCUAGCAAACUCCUUGCAGUUAUACCGACGGAAAUGUGACCUGAUGGUUGAAGGGGUAGGGGCUGCCGUCAAUACCCAAGUGAAGGGCAGCGUUACACUCACGUUGAGGUCAACGAAAACUACAUUUGAAAUGCAAAUUGAGGCCUUGGUUUUACCGUCCAUUACUUCUCCGACUCCGACGGUAAAUAUUGACGUGAACCAAUGGCCGUACUUGAGAGGGCUAGAGUUGGCGGACGAUCGGUUUGGGACGCCUGGAGUUAUCGACGUUCUCAUCGGCGCGGACGUGUGGGGGCGAGUCCUAGAGGGUGAUGUCAUCGGUGGACGACCAGACGAACCUUUUGCCCAGCGUACCCGCUUUGGUUGGGUGGUAUUUGGCCCAGCAGCAGUGUCUUUUACUUCGAACGUAUCAUCGCUCGCACUGAGCGCGUUACCGGGUGAGGAUGACGUCCGUUUAGAAGAACUGCUACACAGGUUUUGGGAGAUGGAGGAAAUUGCGAUUGCUGAUAAUCAACACGUCGACGACUGUGCCCAGAUCUUCGAAGCUACUCAUAGCCGCACUGCAGACGGCCGUUACAUUGUCCACCUAGCUCUUCGACAAAAUGUACCCAAACUUGGUGACUCAUAUGCACUGGCUGCACGCCAAUUCGGUAGACUAGAGCGUCGCUUGGUAGUGGAUCCCGGCCUUAGGGAAAACUAUGUGGCAUUCAUGCGGGAGUACGAAGCACUCGGACAUAUGGAGCGAGUCGAACCAUCGUAUCCCCAUAGCAAUUGCUACUAUAUUCCUCACCAUGCGGUUACCACCAAAUUCCGCGUGGUGUUCAAUGCUUCGGCGCCGACCAGCACGGGAGUCUCCUUAAACGAUAUUCAACUGGUGGGCCCAGCGCUUCAGGACUCGCUUAGCAGCAUACUUCUUCGUUUCCGACGUCUUCGAGUGGCGAUAACUGCCGACAUCGAGAAAAUGUUUAGGCAAGUGUUAGUUGCGCCGGAGCAUCGAGACUAUCAGAGGAUUAUUUGGCGCGAGUCCCCGGCCGACGACAUUGGCAUAUAUCGAUUGAAGACCAUUACAUAUGGCAUGGCAUGCAGUCCAUAUAACGCAGUGCGCACGUUGCAGCAAUGCGCUUAUGAUAAUUACGGUUCGGUUCCGGAUAGACGGCAGGCGGUCCUCGCUCGAGAUGCAAUUCUAACCUCGUUUUACGUCGAUGAUUUCCUCACCAGUUGUGAGAGCGCUACCGAUGCAGUGGAACUGGCUAGAAACGUAGAUACUAUUUUAUCCGCGGGCAAAUUUACGCUAAGAAAAUGGAACUCCAACGAUGGCCAGGUGAUGAGCUACUUAUCUAAUGAAUCGUCUCUUUCCAGUUAUACCUUCCAUUCUGGUGUGGCUUCCGUCUUAGGCCUAAGAUGGGACGCAGUGACGGAUCAGCUAUUUUUCCAAGUCGACCUAGACCAAUCAUCCGAGGCUCCCACGAAGAGGCGAGUACUUAGCGAGGUGGCGCGUCUCUUUGAUCCCGCUGGGUUAUUAUCACCUGUCGUUGUAACUGGAAAGCUGUUCAUCCAGAGGAUGUGGGCUGCGGCGCUAUCGUUGGACUCACCACUACCUGACGAUCUUCGCAACGGAUGGCUCGAGUACCGCUCCAAGCUGGAGGGGCUCAAUAAGAUCCGCAUCGACCGUUGGAUGGGCAUGAUUCAACGUGUUCAGACAACGUUGCACGGCUUUUGCGAUGCCAGCUCACAAGCAUAUGCUGCCGUUAUCUAUACGAAGACCGUCGACGUAGGCAAUGUUGCACACAUCUCACUUCUGACCGCACGCACGAAGGUGGCACCUCUGAAGGGCGCCACUAUACCCCGCCUGGAACUGUCGGCAGCACUACUGUUGGCUGAAACUAUUCAGAAUGUUCGGGACUCACUGGGCUUAAUGGAUGCUCCAUACUAUUUGUGGUCGGACUCGGCGAUCGUUUUGUGCUGGUUGAAGAAGCAUCCAACAACACUUAAGCCGUUCAUAUCCAACCGGGUUCGCAGGAUACAAGAACUGACUUCCCCCGACCGAUGGUACCACGUUCGUUCAGCACAGAACCCUGCUGAUUGUGCCAGCAGAGGCAUUACACCCGAAGAACUCUUAGUUCACCCGCUUUGGUGGCAUGGACCUGAUGAGCUAGGCAGCGCUCCCUCAAACCAGCCCGAGAUCCCUCUCAGCCAGGACGAGUCGUUUGAGCUCCUUGCCGAAAGGCGAAGUACAUGUCAGUCAAUGGUACUCCUCGCGCAGCCUUUGAAUACCCGUCGCCCAGAUGGACACAUUAUGUUAUUGACCACCCGUUUUAGUUCAAUUCAACGCCUGCUGGGUACAGUGGCCAUCAUGCUGCGCUGGUUGAAAGGGCGUCGGCACUUUCGUCAACCUGUGGUCAGCGCCCAGGAACUAGAUGACGCCCUGUACACGCUUAUCCGUCGAGAGCAAGGGGAACACUUUGCCGCUGAGAUUAGGCAGUUGAAGUCCCGUUCAGGUUUGUCCUCCUGCACAAGAAUACUCUCAUUGGAUCCAUUUUUAGAUGAGAACCACAUCCUUCGGGUCGGAGGGCGAAUACAUAAGGCCGAACUGGAACAUGACCAGCGAUUCCCGAUCAUAUUGCCGAAGUCGACUCCCUUGGUGCAGCUUUUAAUACGUCAGGCCCAUGAGGCAACGCUACAUGGAGGAACGCAACUCAUGCUACAUACCCUCCGUCGCCGGUUUUGGAUCCUGAAUGCCAGGCAGGCGGUCAAGAGUUUUAUCCACAAGUGCGUAUUAUGCCGCCGUCAUAAGGGAGAGGUGUUCAAGCAGCAAAUGGCUCCACUACCCGGGCAGAGGAUCAAACCCGCGAGGCCGUUUGUGUCGUCUGGGGUAGACUACUGUGGCCCUUUUACACUGCGGGUCGGCACAAAGCGCUCUCGCACGGUCAUCAAGACGUACCUAGCCAUCUUCGUAUGCAUGGUCACCAAGGCCGUGCACAUCGAAGUAGUGGAUGAUCUAUCCGCACAAGCGUUCCUCGACGCCUUCACCCGUUUCGUCAGCCGACGAGGUCCCUGCCGCGACCUAUACAGUGAUAAUGGCACUGCCUUUGUUGGUGCUAACAGACUCUUACGCGAAGACCUAGCCGCAUGACAUAGUGAAACCAACCAGCGAAGGUUAGCAGACUUGGGUACCAAUUGGCACUUCAUUACACCUAGUGCGCCGCAUCAAUGUGGGCUAUGGGAGGCGGCUGUUAAGUCGGCAAAGCAUCACUUGGUCCGCUGUGUGGGUUCGCAAAUCAUGUGGCAUAUUCAAUGGCAGACAUUGGCUACCCGGAUAGAAGCAUGCCUGAACUCACGCCCAAUUACCCCCCUGUACGAGGACCCGGAAGAGAAGUUCGCGCUGUCGCCUGGUGAUUUCCUGAUUGGGGCUCCGCUGAUAGCAGUCCCGGAGCCAGACAUUCAACAUAUUCCAAACAACCGACUGAAACAAUGGCAAUGGGUACGGCAGGUUCAACAAGUGUUUUGGCAGCGGUGGAGUGAGGAGUAUCUGACCACUCUGCAGAGGCGCCACAAAUGGCAUCGGCGCAUCACUAACAUAAGGGUCAAUGACAUCGUACUCGUCAAGCAUGAGAACUUGCCUCCGACUCACUGGCGCAUGGGUCGCGUCGUGGCGGUACAUCCUGGGGCUGACGGGGCGGUUCGCAAUGUCACAUUAAGAACUUCCGGCGGAUGCAUGACUCGAGCUGUUCAGAAGCUGUGCCUCUUACUGGAGCCUGAGGAUUUCGAGUCAACCGACUCGACCGGGCAGGAUGUUGAAGCUGUAACCUCUUAGUUAAGUUUAUUUUCUGUCA